GCCAUGGGUCUAGACUCGCGGUAUGUCUCAACGAUAAUAAAAAAAUUAACUUUUUUUUAGUUUCUGUUUAUUGCAAGUGCUAUCGGGGGGCUCGGUAACAAUUCCACAUCAACUUUGUACAAAGUAACUGUGAUAUGGUUUUAGGCUUAUCUAGCCGCCGUUGGGCAAUGACGUCUGUGGGAGAUAGAUUGGUGGUUCUGGCUGAUCCAUUUCUCCCUUUGCAGAAACCUUGUCCUGAGAUCAUCGACCAAUCGUUUCAGUUGCAUUUGGGGGCCUGCCGAUCGCGUGGGAGGUGGGGAAAAAAGGGAAGGGAAAAAGGAAGAGAGGCUCUCCGUUUGGCCGACUCGGUGUUUGAGCUUUUCCUUAAUAUUCUGACCACUUUUUUCUUAUUUGCCUCCGCAGUUUCUAAUUUGGUUGUGUUUAUGGGGUAGGUUCGGGAUAUGUGUUCUGCAACGGGAUUUGAACACAGAUGGCGCCAUACUGAUUAUGUUGGAAAUUUAUCGAAAGAGGUGGAAAAGUGUAGCGCUCCCUCCCUACAUGACACCGUUGUUAGCAUCUCCCUUUCUUUGUAGUGUUUGU